GUUUUGAUUGGCUGUUUACAGUGCGGGGGCGGGGCGAACAGGCUGCUUUAUCGUGAUUGACAUCAUGUUGGACAUGGCGGAGCGGGAGGGUGUGGUCGACAUCUACAACUGUGUGCGGGAGCUGCGGUCGCGCCGCGUCAACAUGGUCCAGACCGAGGAGCAGUAUGUCUUCAUUCAUGAUGCCAUCCUGGAGGCGUGUCUCUGCGGCGACACCACCAUCCCGGCCAAUCAGCUUCGCUCUGUUUACUACGACAUGAACCGAUUGGACCCUCAGACCAACUCCAGUCCAAUCAAAGAGGAGUUCAGGACGCUGAACAUGGUGACCCCGACGCUGCGUGUGGAGGACUGCAGCAUCGCUCUUCUCCCUCGUAAUCAUGAGAAGAACCGCUGUAUGGAUGUUCUUCCUCCUGACCGCUGCCUGCCCUUCCUCAUCACCAUCGACGGAGAGAGCAGCAACUACAUCAACGCUGCGCUCAUGGAUAGUUAUAAGCAGCCGUCUGCGUUCAUCGUUACCCAGCAUCCUCUGCCCAACACAGUGAAGGACUUCUGGAGGCUCGUUCUGGACUAUCACUGUACAUCUAUAGUCAUGCUGAAUGAUGUGGAUCCAGCGCAGAUGCAGCCGCAGGACGGGUACCGGAUGGUCCAGCAGUUCCAGUUUCUGGGCUGGCCGAUGUACCGCGACACACCGGUGUCCAAACGCUCCUUCCUCAAGCUCAUCCAUCAGGUGGACAAAUGGCAGGAGGAGUAUGAUGGAGGAGAGGGACGCACCGUCGUACACUGCCUGAACGGCGGCGGUCGCAGCGGGACGUUCUGCGCCAUCAGUAUCGUCAGUGAGAUGUUGCGUCAUCAGCGAUCCGUCGACGUUUUUCACGCUGUGAAGACUCUGCGCAACAACAAGCCCAACAUGGUGGAUCUGCUGGUACACACUGCCCUCGCAAACACACACACACACGUUACACACUCAUUCUGUGCGGAGGUACAACUUACAAACACUGUCUUAGUUUUUUUUUAGGUUGUAAAAACGUUC